AUGCUCUGGUCACUACCGCUAAUAGCCGCUGGCGCUGCAGCCAAGAUCAUGUAUGCUGGAAUUAUCGAGUCUGGAGGAGAGUUCGGCACUUGGAGUAAUGAUGCCAUCCCAACUACCGGUUUACCUGGAAGAUUUGGCGUGGACUAUGCAUUCAUCAACAAAAUUAACACCUUCCGAGUCACCUUCUUACUGGAGCGCAUGUGUCCCCUCUCUUACGGCUUAGGGUCCAAGUUCAACGAGACAUACUUCGGCUACUUCAAAGAGGCAAUUGACUACAUUACUCUUACUAAGGGAGCAUACGCUAUUCUCGAUGCGCACAACUAUAUGCGUUACAAUAACCCCUCCCAACAGCCCUUCACCGGAAGUAUCAUUGGAGACACUUCUGAUAUGAAGGCUGCAACAACUGCUCAGUUCCAAGCUUUCUGGAACCAGCUCGCAAACCGCUUCAAGUCCAACGAGAAAGUCAUCUUUGGUAUCAUGAACGAGCCCCAUGACAUGCCUACCUCUCUCGUGUUUGCCAACAAUCAAGCCGCCAUCAACGGCAUCCGCGCGACAGGGGCAAAGCAGCUGAUCCUUGCUCCCGGGAACGACUGGACAGGGGGACACUCGUGGACUGGCCAUGUCAACGCAUCGUCGGAAUACAUGUACAAGCUGAACGAUCCGGCGAAGAACCUUGCGAUCGAGGUGCACGAAUAUCUUGACUCGGACUACUCUGGGACACACGCGGAGUGCACUCAGCCCGGGCCAUCUAAUCUUGCUGCCUUCACAGCCUGGUUAAAGAAACACAGCCUUAGGGCCAUUCUCACUGAAACUGGGGGCGGUCAGAACGCCAAUUGCUUCGCCCAAAUUCGCGAAAUGUUGGACUAUCUUGCUGCCAAUGACGAAUACAUUGGCUGGACAGCAUGGGCGGCCGGACCACUUUGGGGCAAUUUUCGCUCAUGUUGUGGCGAGGAUUCCGGUAACCUCGAGCCUGGAACCAAGGCCGGCAACGGAUCAAUUCCUGGUGGAUAUGAGACUAUUUGGGCCAACGGCUUCCGGCCAAGUAUUCCACAAACUUUGAAACGCAGCGGAAUCUCCAGUUGGCACUAG